AUGAAUCCGUCAGUGCUGCUCGUGACCCUGCUGCUUCUGUCCUGGACCAGUGCAGAGAAAGAUCUUAAAGUAAGGGUGGCUCGAUCCAGCAAAGAUGAGACCAACCUACACUGGGAGGAAUGUAAAGGAUCUGUGCCUGAUGGAGCUGUUUCAAUACGAAACACUUACAUGAGUCCGGCUCGCACAGAGUAUGUCUGCAAAUCUGCUUGCCAAGCUGGUUACUACAGCACCAAGGAUUCAAAGUGCCACUACCCCUAUUUAUCACGAGAAAUGUCAUCCUCUAGCGACUGCUAUAUCCUGGUGAACAGAGAUAACUUUGAGCUUCUGGAGUGGAAGGACGGUUACGGUGGAUCAGUGCCAGCCAACGCAGUCAGUACAUGUGGUAGGAAUGAGAUGUUUGUAGGGAAGAGUGCGUACGGUCUCGGAAAAAUAUAUCCUCCUAACCGCUGCUUAUAUUAUGUUUGGAACGGUGCAGAGACCUGGACCAAGACGUACCAGGCUCUGACUGUGAAUAAAGACGUUACUGAACAGACCAUGAAAAAUGUGAAAUUCCAGACUGAAGGGGUUCCUGUCAUUGAGGGUAAACCAGAAGUCAUGCGCAAAUCUACCGCCAACAACCAGCACUGCCUCGAAGUUACAAAAACAGUUACCCUCACCAAAGACAUUAUGACAGAGGACAGGUGGGAUGUCAUGAAUUCAGUCACAUUUGGUGUCACAACUACUGUCACAGCUGGGGUUCCUCUUGUUGCCUCUGCAACACUUGAGAUUGGCAUGGAGGCAACGAAGGAGUUUGCUAAGGGAACCAGUAAUACUGAGACUCAGUCGUACAUGGUUUCUGUGUUAGUGCCAGUUCCACCAAAACAGUCCUGUACUGUCAGUAUGGUUGCACAGGUGAACAAAGCAGACGUCCCUUUCACAGCAACCUUGAUCCGCACCUACCGAGGUGGCAAGAAAACACAGACAACGACCAAAGGGUUCUAUAGGACGACCCAGGUAGCAGAAACCCACGCAAACAUAGAACAAUGUACCAUCAUAGGUGACUUGAAAGAUUGUGAAAAGGCCUCAAGCACCAAAAGCACACCUCCCCCAAAGUUAAAAUUAAAAAAGCCUGCUAAAGCAGCUGGAAAAUAAAAAGAAAAUAUUUCCUUUCUUUGUUUUAGCAAAAUACAGAAGUGGUAACUUAUUCUGACUUCUUAUAAAAGCACACAUACAGUUACAUUCUUACAUUUCCUCACUGCAGGCUGUUGAAAAAUCAACUUUUGACAUAUUGCCUCAAAUAGCACAUUAUCGAGUGAGAAAAGCAUGUUGUUUUGACUCUACAUUGAAGAAAAAUAUUAAAAUGUCAUUUUCACUUGUGGUUUGUCAAAUACAAUUUUUACUGCUACUAAAUAAUGAUGAAAUUGUUCACAUUCUGAUGGUUUGGUAAAAUAAGAUGUUGCUUCUUAUCAUGAUCAUUUUAAAUGCAAUGAAGUGUUUUAACAAUAUGGAAAGUGUUUAAAAUGAUGUAUCUCAGUAUGAAUUAAAAUAUUUGUAUUUUAAUGUCAGAAUAGAGAUUCUGAAAUGAUCCUUCAAAUGUUUUGAAUGAAGACAUUUUGACUGUCGUCUUUUGAAGACACAGUAAAGUUUAAAUUAAUUAGUUUGAACAUUGCUUUUGAUUCGGUGAUAUAAGAAGCUGUGCAAUGAGAACGAUGAUGUCAGAGUGUACUGAUGAUGCUUAGCCAAUAAGAAACCUACACGUGUGUCUCCAUCUUUGGAAACCACAAACUUAAAAGCCGGGGGCGGGGCUUCACUUGU